AUGGCCGCGGCGGCGGCGAGGCCGGCGACGACGACGACGACGGCCGAGGACCCGCCGACGGGCGACUGCAACCAGGACCUGAAUGACCUGAUAACCAACUGCCAGGACUACGUUCGCUUCCCGGAUGAUCCCAAGAUCCCGCCGUCGGCGGCCUGCUGCGGCGUCAUCCAGGGGGCGAACAUACCGUGCCUCUGCUCCAAGGUCACCCCGACGGUGGAGACGCUCAUCUCCAUGGACAAGGUCGUCUACGUCGCCAGCUACUGCGGGAGGCCCCUCAAGCCUGGCUCCCAGUGCGGAAGCUAUCACGUUCCUGGCGCGCUUGCUUAA